CUCCUUCUCCUUUCCAGAUCCUGGCCAUCGUGUCUAUCCUGUUCAUCGUCCUUUCCACCAUUGCUCUGUCUCUCAACACACUUCCGGAGCUGCAAGAAAACGAUGAAUUUGGGCAACCCAGUGACAACCGGAAGUUGGCGCACGUAGAGGCUGUGUGCAUUGCUUGGUUUACCAUGGAGUAUCUUUUACGAUUCCUGUCCUCGCCAAAUAAAUGGAAAUUCUUUAAAGGCCCACUGAAUGUCAUUGACCUCCUGGCCAUCUUGCCGUACUAUGUAACCAUCUUCCUCACCGAGUCCAACAAAAGUGUGCUGCAGUUCCAGAAUGUGAGACGCGUGGUCCAGAUCUUUCGAAUCAUGCGCAUCCUCAGGAUCCUGAAACUCGCCAGACACUCGACGGGCCUGCAGUCUCUGGGUUUCACCCUCAGGCGGAGUUACAAUGAGUUGGGUUUAUUAAUACUGUUUCUGGCCAUGGGAAUAAUGAUAUUUUCCAGUUUGGUGUUUUUCGCUGAGAAAGAUGAAGAUGCUACAAAGUUCACCAGUAUCCCUGCAUCAUUUUGGUGGGCUACCAUCACCAUGACCACUGUGGGCUAUGGUGACAUUUACCCUAAAACACUGUUAGGGAAAAUUGUGGGUGGCCUUUGCUGCAUUGCAGGAGUCCUGGUUAUUGCCCUUCCUAUCCCCAUCAUUGUGAACAAUUUCUCUGAGUUCUAUAAGGAGCAAAAACGCCAGGAGAAAGCUAUUAAAAGGAGAGAGGCUCUUGAACGAGCCAAAAGAAAUGGAAGCAUUGUUUCUAUGAACUUAAAGGAUGCCUUUGCUAGAAGUAUGGAACUGAUCGACGUGGCCGUGGAGAAGGCUGGAGAGUCGGCCAAUAUCAAGGACUCCGUGGAUGAUAACCACCUGUCUCCAAGCCGGUGGAAGUGGGCCAGAAAGGCGCUGUCGGAAACAAGCUCCAACAAGUCUUACGAGAAUAAGUACCAGGAGGUUAGCCAAAAAGACUCCCACGAACAGCUGAACAACACUUCUUCCUCCAGCCCACAGCAUCUGAGCGCCCAGAAGCUGGAGAUGCUAUACAAUGAAAUCACCAAGACACAGACUCAUUCCCACCCGAACCCAGACUGCCAAGAACAGCCAGAGAGGCCAUCUGCCUAUGAGGAGGAGAUAGAAAUGGAAGAGGUGGUCUGCCCACAGGAGCAGCUGGCUGUGGCACAGACCGAGGUCAUCGUGGACAUGAAGAGCACCUCCAGCAUUGACAGCUUCACCAGCUGUGCCACUGACUUCACGGAGACUGAGAGGUCACCCCUGCCACCACCCUCUGCCUCUCACUUGCAGAUGAAGUUCCCCACCGACCUCCCAGGAAUGGAUGAGCACCAAAGAGCCAGGGCACCUCCAUUCCUAACACUAAGCAGAGAUAAGGGGCCUGCUGCCAGGGAGGCUGCACUGGAUUAUGCCCCAAUUGACAUAACUGUGAACCUCGAUGCUGGGGCUUCCCAUGGUCCUUUGCAACCUGACAGUGCCAGCGACAGCCCCAAGAGCUCGCUGAAAGGGAGCAACCCCCUCAAGUCUAGAUCCCUAAAAGUGAACUUUCAGGAAAACAGAGGCAGUGCACCCCAGACCCCACCCAGCACAGCCAGGCCACUGCCAGUAACCACAGCUGACUUUCCGCUCACCACCCCCCAGCACAUGAGUACCAUUCUUCUAGAAGAAGCCCUCCCCCAGGGACAGAGACCCUUGCCGGGGGCUGAUGUUUCAGCACACUGUCAGGGACCAUCCAAAGGUCUAUCCCCACGAGUUCCCAAGCAAAAACUGUUUCCUUUCUCUUCUAGAGAAAGGAGGAGCUUCACUGAAAUAGACACUGGAGAAGACGAAGACUUCUUGGACCUCCAAAGGUCAAGACCAGACAAGCAAGCAGAUCCCAGCCCCAACUGCUUAGCAGAUAAGCCUGGAGAGGCCAGAGACCCUUUAAGAGAAGAGGGCUGUGUGGGUUCCUCCUCUCCCCAGAACACAGACCACAACUGUAGGCAAGACAUAUACCAGGCUGUGGGUGAAGUCAAAAAGGACAGUAGUCAAGAAGGGUACAAGAUGGAGAACCACUUGUUUGCCCCAGAAAUUCAUUCUAACCCAGGAGACACAGGUUAUUGCCCCACUCGUGAGACCAGCAUGUGACUAGUUAUAAAAGCAAUAAAAGAAAAAGACUCGUUUCUUAAAAAUGCAUUAAAAUGCCGUGAACUAAAAUAUGAGAAACCCCGCCCCCUAAUACCAGUGCAUAAAAUGUUAUUUUUGCAUGGCAUGAACAGUUUAGUUUAAGGAUUGUUUAAAUAAAGAGUUGAGACUGCAUUUUGUAACAAACAAAACCGAGUCCUGAAUAGUGAGCAAAUAAAGUGCUCUCUUAGGAACCAGUGCUCAGCCCUGUCUGACAGUUUUGCUCCUUAAAUUUCCGACAGCAGGCAAGUUUCGAAGUUUUAACUCUUACAUCCCAAUGAACUUUAGAAUUUGCACAUGAAAGGAUGAAAUGUUAUUGCAUGUGUUCAUGCUUAUGGGGAGUAAGGUGCUUUCAGCUUGCAAAACAUAACUUUGUCAAUAGGCCUGGAUGGAAACAUGUCACAAACAUGUGGACAUGACCUUUCUGAGACACAGGUUCCUCCACAGCUACAGCCUGAGGAGCUGUCCAGACUUCCUGUUGCAAAACUGUAACCUCUUCUUAACCCAUUUUGUGCAUCUUGCUUUAGAUUAUAAAGCUCUUGUGUUUGUUUAAAAGAAUACAGUAUUUUUAUUUAUUUAGAAUAUAAUUUGAGGGGUGUGUUUAUAUGUAUUUUCAUUUAUUUGGGAUACAAUUCACAUGGUAUUUUUCUUUUCUUGCUUUUGCUUAGUUGUUGCAAUUGUGACGUCCUUUAUAAAUCAUGGAGAUUAUAAGAUUUAAUGACCAGAUAUCAAGUAUUUGGAAUUUAAGCUUUUACUUUGGCCUAUAAACUAAAUAUCAUGUCAUAGGCCAUUAUAGAAAUUCACUUAACUAAACCUGAAAAUGUACAGAAGGCUCUAUUAUAAAAUAAAAUUUUUAAUUGGUAUUCCAUGUUUAGGAAUCACCUUUAAAACAAUGUCUUUUGCACUCCAAACAUGGCUGUAGUUUCCUCUGCUGUCCAACAGGUAAAGACCUGUUAAAAAUGAUCCAUGAAAUGACUUUUAACAAACUCAAAGUAGAACCACCUUAAGUUACAAAGCUGAUCCCAGCAUGAGUUACCAGGCUAGAAGCCCAGAUGUGGGCCACUAAAUAGUUUUCAAUAUAGGGUAGAGACCUAGAUGACAAUGCGAGUUGCAGAAUGAUCUUCUUGCAGACUUCGAAUCCUUCCAAGAAUGUCCAGAACACUCCCAGUAAUGGCAGCAA